GUGACAGUUCUGUCAACAGUCAGCGUGACCUCGCUAUGACCUCGCCUUUUUUUUAGCAUUAUUUAUAUUUUUGUUUGAAAAAAAAAAUCUACUUUUGUAUUCAAAUUUGCCCCCUUGUCGCCUUACCAGAAAGAAAUUGAAUAAUUCUAUGGGCAUUCGCGGCAUUUUAAGACGUAGAAACCCACCGCAGUGAACGAAACAAGGUUAUGUGCUAGAAUGUAUAUUGUUGACGUUCUUUAAUUUUCCUAUAACGGGUCAUUCAUUGUUUUUCUUCUUGUUAAAAGUUAAAUUGUAAUUGUAGCGCGAUGUUUUCGAAGAAAAAGAAGAAACCCCAGAUCUCGCCGCCGAUUAAUUUCGAGCACAGGGUGCACACGGGUUUCGAUAAACGCGAGGGUAAAUACGUGGGUCUGCCGCUACAAUGGGCCUCCAUAGUCGGCAACAAUCAGAUUUUAAAAUCGACUAACAGGCCCUUGCCUUUGGUAGACCCGUCCGAGAUCACUCCCACCGAAAUAUUGGACCUCAAAACCAUUGUCAGGGGAGAUCAUAAAUCGGAAAAUCGACUGAGCACUCACCAAAAUCAAAAACAACCGCCCGUGAACGGAAUUAUGCUUCCGAAGACUUCUAAUGUGGCCAGAUCGAAUUCGUUACGGUCUUCUAGUCCACCCAGGUUACGUAGGGUGGAUAGGUCAAAUGCCAAUGUACCGCCGGCAGUACCAGAAGAACAAAUUUUACAGUAUCCUUCAAUGAGGCGAGAGCCCGGUGCUGGUUUUUACCAAGAAAACCCAAGUAAAGCGCAAGUGGCAAGAGAAGGCUCCCCGGCAAGCAACCAUGAAACCCAAAACGCUUACGUAAACCAACAAAUGCUCAAUGGCAACAUGGCAGAGCAACAUAAACCGGUCGUUUACCCCCCGAGGCCCCAAGAACAUCCCCAAAUAUCCCCGGUGGGUUCUGUGGCGUCCACUUCGCACUCCAUUCCACACUCCACAUUCGGCAGUCAGUCUUCGGUGAUCCAGCAUCCUGGUCCGGGCAGUGUGGGGAGCCACUCCAGGCCGGACAUGAAUCAGAAUGUGAAAAAUGGGAAUUUAGUUAACCAGACGCAUCCGGGACAUCCUUCUACCGCUAGCAGUGGUCACAGUUCCUCUUCCAGGCACCACGAACAAAGAUUGACACAUGAACAAUUUAGAGCAGCCCUACAGAUGGUCGUGUCCUCGAAAGACCCACGGGAAAACUUGGAAAGAUUCGUGAAAAUCGGCGAGGGUUCCACCGGUACGGUUUGCAUAGCCCAAGACAGGAACAACGGCAAACAGGUGGCGGUGAAAAAAAUGGAUUUAAGAAAACAGCAACGCAGAGAGUUACUUUUUAACGAAGUGGUCAUCAUGAGAGACUAUCACCAUCCGAACAUAGUGGAAAUGUUCGACAGUUAUUUGGUGAACGACGAACUGUGGGUGGUGAUGGAGUUCUUAGAAGGGGGCGCCCUCACGGACAUAGUGACCCACUCCAGAAUGGACGAGGAACAAAUAGCGACGGUGUGCAAGCAGUGUUUGAAAGCGCUGGCCUACCUACACUCCCAGGGGGUGAUCCAUAGGGACAUAAAGUCCGAUUCGAUUUUACUGGCGUUGGACGGCAGAGUGAAACUGUCGGAUUUCGGUUUUUGCGCUCAGGUGUCCCAGGAGUUGCCGAAGAGAAAGUCUUUGGUGGGCACGCCCUAUUGGAUGUCCCCCGAGGUGAUUUCCCGGUUACCGUACGGACCCGAGGUCGAUAUUUGGUCGUUGGGGAUUAUGGUGAUUGAGAUGGUGGACGGCGAGCCGCCCUUCUUUAACGAGCCGCCCUUGCAAGCGAUGCGGAGGAUUAGGGAGAUGCCGCCUCCCAAGUUGAAGAACGGCCAUAAGGUAUCUCCGCGUCUACAAAGUUUCCUGGACCGGAUGUUGGUGCGAGAUCCUGCGCAAAGGGCGUCCGCGCAGGAGUUAUUGGCGCAUCCGUUCUUAAGACAGGCAGGACCGCCGGCCCUCUUGGUACCAUUGAUGAGAGGUUCCAAGCAUACGAAUUAUUAAUUGUAAAUAGUUGAGAGUGUAUAUUGUUGUUGAUAGCUUUAAUAAGGUAAGUGUUAAACUGAAAAUGUGAACGAUUGACGCAAUGUUGUGCCUUAGUGAGGAGGGUCUUCUACUUUAAGCAUUCAAUUUUUGUAUAUUAAUAGUAGUUUUUUGUCCGGUUUCAUGAUCUGUAUACUUUUAAGGUUUCCUUUAUAUUUUUUUGAUAUUGUUUGUUGAAAUUAAUUAAUUAUAGGGAUUCAUAGUAUUAAAUAUGGUAGAGUAUCGAUUCUACUGUAUUAAACGUUUUAGUGCCUCUAUUGUAACAUUAAGCCGUCCAAAAUUGUUGACAUCACUAGAUUUUAAGGGAUUGUUAUCAAAUUUUCCAAUUAUAUUGCAUUUACAACCUUUGGUGAUACAUAUUAGGGUAUUCUUAAUCUUUAUAAGGCACCUUUUACUUAUUAUUUAAUUUGUAGUUAUAGUGUAUCAUAUUUACUUUUUUUCAAAGACUUGACAAGGGAAUAUUACUGAUGUGUAUUAUAUUAUUAAAAAUGUUUAAAUAUGCAA